AUGUCGCAACGCAUGCUGCCGCACACGGUGCGCAUCAAGCGCAAGAGACAGGACGAGCCGGUCGAGACGCUGCACGUCCACUACACGCCGCAGCAGCAGGACGACUCCAAGAAGCGCCGUUUCACCCUCGACCAGCCCGCCUCGUCCCACCCAGCCGAGUUCAGGCGCGUCUUGCAGGACCCCACCGGUUUUUCCGCUGACGUGGUCGAGGGCCCAACCGCGGGCCUCGCAGCCGCCAAUCCCUCGACAGCCACCACCGCCCCCGGCCCAGCAGCGGCAACCACGACGACAGCGCCUCCCUCCGCCCGCUCCUCCAUCUCGGACCGGAAGAUCCUGGCGCCCGCCCCGGUCACCCGGCGCUUCCACCUCUCCACAAAGUCCGCCCCGAGCCGCUCGUCGAGCCCUGGGGGCUCCGUGCAAAAGCGUAAGAACGUCGCCACGCUCGUGGAAUCCAAGCCGAAGAAGACACGGACAGCAACAGCCGCCGCUGGCGCCGCUGGACCCGACGCCAGCAGCAGCCAGGAUGUCGAGAUGCAGGUGGACGGCGACGCCGGACCGGGCAUGACGCCGCAGCAGCCGCAGCAGCCGCAGCCGACGACGCUCAAACGACCUGGCAGGACGGCGAGGAGCGCAAGUCCAGCCGUCCGCACGAACGGUGCUGCGGCUGCGGCUGCGGCUGCGGCUGCGGCUGCGACCCCGAGCGUCGCCAGCAAGGCCAGCAAGAGCGCCGCCCCUGUGGACCCCGGCUUGCUCUCUGAGAUGCAGAAGUUUGCGCAGGAGGUCGAGCACGCAGAGGGGCAAAGCAGGGAGGGGAGGGCCGCCACCACCACUCCUUCGACGCCCAACGGCAAGCCAACGCCCAUCCACCCGCCAUCCUCGUCGUCGCCGUCGUUGCCGUCGCACCAGAAACUCAAGUUCCAACCGAAAGCCACGCCGCGCUACCGCGACCGCCAUCCCGAGCGGCGCUUCCCCUCCUACGCGACCAACGGCACAACCCCAACCGACGGCAUGGAAAUCGACGACCACCCCAAGCACGACUCCGACUCGGACUCGGACGCCGACUCCGACUACGUCUACGACACCUACAUCCGCUACGACGGGCCCUCCGCCACCACCACCGACAACAAGACCCCUCCCUCCGCACCCACCACCACCACCACCACGCCCACAACCACCAUCCUCCCCUCCCUCCCCCAAGACAUCGGCAUCCUCAUCAUAGACAUCGACCAACAACCCCUCUGGGAACCCUACCUCGACCCGAGCGACCGCGCCGACGGCGCCAGCGACGACGCCAAAGAGUUCGACACGGACGACGAAGACGAAAACGCCGAGGAUUUUUACGCAAACGAGUACCCCGAGGACGAGGUCGCGACGGACGACGAGCGGGACGAGGGCGCGUACGCGUAUCGCGUCGCGGCGGGCGAGGACGAGGAGUGGGGGUUGGAUGCGUUUAGUGAUGAGGAGGAGGGUGGGGCCGGGGGGGAUGGUGGGGGUGGGGAUGGGGGUGGGGAUGAUUAUGGUGGUGGUGCGGAUUUGGGGAGGCCGUGGGGGAGGAGGCCGGUUUGGUUGAGGGGGGGUGGUUGGGGUGGGAAGACGGGGGGGAGUGAGAGUGGGAGUGAGAGUGAGAGUGAUUGA